GAUGAAGUCGGUCGUCAUCGGCAGCGCCGCCCUGUAAAGAGAGAGAAGGCAGAGAGAUAGAUAGAAACAGAGAGCCUGAAGAAGAGCCCCCCUCCCCAUCAUCCCAACAUCCCACCAUCAACCCUUCCCACAGCAGCCCCAUUUGAGAGAGAGGAGGAAAGGGGGACGGAGCGAGAGAUAGAGGAAGAGAGAGACACACACACACUCACAGUCACGGAGAGAAGAAGACCGUCUCGGGGACGACGAAGGGGGGGAUUCGCUCACUCUGCCGUUGGAAAAAAAACAUGGGAUGUACGCUGAGCGCCGAGGAGCGCGCAGCUCUGGACCGGAGCAAGGCCAUCGAGAAGAACCUGAAGGAAGACGGGCUGACGGCCGCCAAGGAUGUGAAGCUGCUCUUACUUGGUGGCGGGGAGUCCGGCAAAAGCACCAUCGUCAAACAGAUGAAGAUUAUCCAUGAAGAUGGCUUUUCUGGGGAUGAUGUGAAGCAGUAUAAGCCUGUGGUCUACAGUAACACCAUCCAGAGCUUGGCAGCCAUCCUUCGAGCCAUGGACUCCCUGGGCAUUGAGUUUGGAGACAAGGACCGAAAAGCUGAUGCUAAGCUGGUCUGUGAUGUGGUCACUCGUAUGGAGGACACAGAGCCGUACUCUGCAGAGCUUCUUUCUGCUAUGAAGCGUGUAUGGGUUGAUGCUGGGACUGUGGAGUGCUUCAGCCGUGCCCGGGAAUAUCAGCUUAACGACUCUGCUCAAUACUACCUGGACAGUCUUGACCGGAUCGGGUCAGCGGACUACCAGCCCACGGAGCAGGACAUCCUGAGAACCAGAGUGAAGACCACUGGCAUUGUCGAAACCCACUUUACCUUCAAAAAUCUUCAUUUCAGGCUGUUUGAUGUUGGAGGUCAGCGGUCAGAGAGGAAGAAGUGGAUCCACUGCUUUGAAGAUGUGACAGCCAUUAUCUUCUGUGUUGCUAUGAGUGGGUACGACCAGGUGCUCCAUGAAGAUGAGACAACUAACCGCAUGCAUGAAUCGCUCAUGCUCUUUGACUCCAUCUGCAACAACAAGUUCUUCAUUGACACAUCCAUCAUCCUCUUCCUCAACAAGAAAGAUCUGUUCGCUGAGAAGAUCAAGAAGUCGCCAUUGACGAUUUGUUUUCCAGAAUACACAGGUGCUAAUACUUACGACGACGCUACUGCAUAUAUUCAGGUUCAGUUUGAGAGUAAGAACCGCUCUCCCAACAAAGAGAUCUACUGUCACCUGACCUGUGCCACAGACACAGGAAACAUCCAGGUAGUGUUUGACGCUGUCACUGACAUCAUUAUUGCAAACAACCUUAGAGGGUGUGGCUUAUACUGAAGCCUGGCCAGAAGCACAGAGGUUGUCACUGAGUGUGUGAGGAGUUAAUAAUGAUAAUUUUGAUGAUACUUAAACACAUAAAUAUGUAAUUCUACACGUCCAAAUGGACCCAAAGAGCUGCCGUCCGACACCACACCGGAUUACUGCUAUGAUUUGUUCCCUUUCUUAUUUUGAUUUAAGUAUAAAACUCCCCAGUUUUGUCUUUUAAAAAUGUGUUUUUGAGUUUCAUGUUAGCUGAUGACUGUGUCAACAACUGGGAAGGAUCAGAAGCACCAGGGGUUUAUUCAGGUGGAGCGUUGUCCUGCUAAACUCCAGAAAUGAAACACGAGGCGUGUGCAGCGCCACGCCUCGUGGGACAUUGUCCUGUUCCUUGUGGAAAGUCUUGGGGCGUGUGUAAUACAACUGAAUACAGCCUCUGGUGCUCAGUUUAUAGAGCUGUUGUGUGCAAAGGUAGCGAUGAUGAUGAUGAUGGUAUCGGGAAGGUGCUGUACUUGUGGUUGAGGGUCAUGGAUGGACAGAGGGCCGUCAUUUUAACUCUUCUUCAGACCCCAAUAUGACCAAACAGCCUGAAGGUCUGCUCCAAUUAGUCUCCUCUUUUUGCUUUCAAACAUAAUGAAAGAGAGGAUUCUCCUGUUUGGAGCGGCUGCUCAUUGACCUCCUGUAGCAUGAGGUAAAACUGAUUAGCCAAUGAUAUCUUUAAAAGAAAAAAAAACAAAAAAAACAUAAAACAACUUUAUAUUGGUGCCAACCAUCUGAGAAUGGCAGAUAGGGGAAUAGGAUCAGAAAUAAUAGCUCAUACUAUUGACUAUAUUAUUUAAGUAACAGAUAUAAGAUUUUACUAUCAUUGAAUGAUUUAUUUAUUUAUUUAAGCCUCAUGCCCUACAUGCCUCCUCCUACCUCCUGAAAUCCCGUGCCACAUAUUUAUUUCCCGUCAAGAAAACUUGGGGUUGCACCGAUACCUGUUCAGAGGGAGGAUAGCAGCCCUCCAAUGACAUCUUGUUCUCUGUGUGGUACUCGACCCUUCGAUGUGAAUCUUUGUAGAACCAGAAGGCUGCGCGAGGAGAACAAUAUCAUUUGAGGCAGCCUCUGUUUGGGGACUUAACUUUUUUUUUUUUAACCUUUACCCCUGACCAGUGAACAGGGAACAAUUUUCCCCACCAUCUGUCACAUUUCUCUUUUUAGAGAAAAAGGUACAGCUCUUCAUUUUCACCUGUAUACCCAGAAAUUCACCUUCCCAUCCCUAUAUUCUCUUUAUCAUCACAUAUCAGUCCUCAUGUCCCAUCUCCAUUUUCACCCUAAAAGCACCGUACUGUACAUAUAUAUUAUGAUUAUAUCAGAAUUGUUUCUUUUCUUUCUUUUUUUUUUACUGUGAAUGUUUUUGUGCUGCACCCCUUCCUACUCAGUAGUUUAUUGGUUGCUCUCAUGUGGAAUGUUUGUGCUGAGCCAAUCGAAUGUUGUGUUUACAUUAAAGCCACACUUUUCCUAACUA